AUGGCGAUUGAUACCUCAAUCAAUGGUUACGACGAGUGCGUUAGUAUAACUCGUUUUACAAUGAAGAGUAUGGGAGUCUGGCCGAAUGCUAAAUCUAAUUUCAAUUUGUGCCCACAAAUUUUGUUUUUCUUUUCACUUUUCUCAAUGGUCUUCUUCAUAGUUCUACCACAAACUAUGCAGUUGUUUUACACAGAGGGUAAUUUGGACUUAAUUCUUGAUAUUUUAACAACAGCAGACAUAAUCAUCACGAUUGCUUGUCUCAAACUCAUUGGAAUAUUAUAUAAUAGACGUGAUCUUAGCUAUCUUCUCACUGAACUGGAAAAGGAUUGGAAAACAUCCACAGAAGCUGAGCAAAAAGCUAUGUGGAAGAACAUCAAAUUAUGCAGAAUAAUUUUAAUUUCUUGUGCUGUUUUAACAUACGGAACUGUAAUAACGCUCACUUAUUGUAUAGAAGACAAUUUUAACCAAAUAUUUUUGGUGCAGAUGAUUCUUUAUAUAUUCACAAUAUGUUUACAAGGCUAUCAAAUAGUUACAAUUCUUGGUAUGAAAAAUUUCAAAGAUGCUGCAGCCACUUUAGUAUUCAUAGUAGUUUUUACAUUAGCCAACAUUUUGAGUCUCUUCACUUAUUGCUUUGUUGCCGAAAAACUUCGAUCCGAGAGCACGAGUAUUUUCCAAGCUAUAUAUAAUAUACCUUGGUAUGAAUAUAAGUCAACGGAAUCUAAAAUGAUACUAAACAUAAUGCAAGCUACAAUAAAUCCAUUUACUCUUUCUGCCGGAAAAUUUGUGGAGCUUUCUUUCCAAUACUUUGCAAAGGUACUAAAGUGUUCAGCAGGAUACUUAUCAAUGCUAUUAGCAGUACAAAAGGGUAAUAAUGCAACCCAAUAA